AUGCGUAGUUAUACAACAUGGAGUAAGCACGGCGAAGUAGCUGAUCAUGAACCUACUUAUGACAGAACAUCUGGUGGUAGUUUCGAGCCUGAUCAUUUGAACCCAGCUGUAAACAUUCUACAUGACAGUUUUCCUACAUUUGCUCUAACGCAUGAGGAAGAUGCAAUUUAUGAUACAACUACUGACACAGCUCAUGUGCUUCUGUACACCAACACUCAUGAUUAUGAUAAGUAUACUAGACUGCUUGCACGAGUUCAGAUUCCACUAUAUGAUGGUAGUCCUCAGACUAUUUUGGGGACCAUUUUGUCACAAAUGCAGCUUAAAGUGAAGAACAGGUGGUCAAAUGAGGCUUUUGACAAUAUGUUGAAGAAUGUUAAGGAUAUGCUUACUCAACCAAACAAUCUCCCUGAUAGUUAUUACAAGGUGCACAAGAUUUUGGGUGACCUUGGCCUAGGCUAUGAUAAAAUCCAUGCGUGCAAUAAUGAUUGUGUUCCGUUUUACAAAACGAGAGCAGAGCUUGAUGAAUGUCCAAUAUGCUUCGAGUCGAGGUGGAAGAAAGGUACAGUUAAGGAAAACAGUGUUCCGGUAAAGGUGCUUCGUCAUUUCCCUUUGAUUCCGAGGCUAAAGCAUUUGUAUAUGUCUAGACACACUUCAAGUGAAAUGAGAUGGCAUGGGGAAAGAAGGGUAGAUGAUGAUACUUUGAGACACCCUGCAGAUGGCGAGGCUUGGAAAACCUUUGAUAGAUCAUUCCCUGAUUUUGUAGCAGAUGUUCGAAAUGUAAGACUCGGGCUUGCAACAGACGGAUUCAAUCCCUUUGGAAGUAUGAGUUUGGCUCAUAGUACAUGGCCUGUUAUUCUUGUGCCGUACAACCUGCCUCCUUGGAUGUGUAUGAAGAAGAAAUAUGAUGUCUUUGUUAAUUCCUGGCACAAUGGAAGUUCAUUCAUUAUGAGAGCAGCAGUUAUGUGGACUAUAAGUGAUUUUUCUGGUUAUGGGAUGUUGUCGUCUCAAGCUGUGCAUGGGUACAAAGCAUGUCCGGUCUGCUUGAAUGAAGUUCAUUCUGAUUGGCAUGCUGGGAAGGUGUGUUACUUGGGUCACCGAAGAUGGCUUCCAAUUGACCACUCGUGGCGGCAGGAUGCAGAAGGAUUUGAUGGCACAUUCGAGUUUCGUACUAAACCCCGAGUGUGGUCUGGUUAUGAAAUUUUGGAGAUGCUAAACUCAUUUGAUUUUGGAGUGUUGAGUGGUGAUCCUGCUAUAACGGGAACAACUCACCCAGAUGAUAUGAUGUGUUUUACACACAAAAGUAGAUUCUAUGAUUUACCUUAUUGGUCGAAAUCGGUAUUGAGACACGCCCUAGAUGUCAUGCACAUAGAGGAGAAUGUAGCUAAUAUCAUUAUGGGAACAACUCUCAGUCUUAAAUACGGUAAUAAGGAUACUGUGAAAGCGCGCGAGGAUCUAAAAAAGCUACGAAUACGAGAACAUUUGUGGCCAAUAAAGAAGGGGUCAGUGACGAAAUUACCUCUUGCUCCUUACACUGUGCAUCCAACUUUGAAGAGACAUGUAUUCAUCUGGUUUAAAGGAGUAAAGUAUCCUCAUGGUUAUAAUUCGACCCUAUUUGCAUCCAGAUGUGGUGGAACCUAUAAUAGCACUGUGUCGGUUCUUUUAAAAGCUAUGCGCUAA